UGGUAUUCACGACUUGAAUAUAUAGUACAGCAAGGAAGAUACCUUGGCACAGGUCGACCAAAGUCGCACUUCGUGCGACCUUCUUCCAAAAAGUUCGCUUGACUCAGCAUAAAAUUUGCGCCACAUAUUAAGUGUCAAUCAGUAGCAUGUUUUGAGUUGCUGUGCCGCAGCAAGCUCGAAGAGAGCCAGCAACUUCGACGCGCGGCUAGGCACGUCGCUGGGGCGUAAAUCCUCAGGGACGAAGUGCUCAACAUGGCGCGGUGUCAGGGACGACGUAUGGGGUUGGCAGUGUGCCUCAUCGGUAUAGCAUUUGUGUUGCAAGCGCCUGGAUUCGCGGACUCCCAACGGCCGAGCAGGAGGCUUCAGCAGCUUGGACCAGCAGAGGAGCUGCUGCCGGCUGAGGACCUGGCUGUGCCUGCGGAGGCGCCCGCUGGUGCGACCAAAUACGUUGAGGACAGCGUGUCGCGGCCGUUCCUCAAGGUGGCUGACCCUGGCGACGUAGACGCGGCCACGGCGCUGCGCGUGUACGAGCAGGGCGCGCAGGUUGCAUCCAUCGCUUACCUACUGCAGGGCGCGGCGGACUCGCUCUCAAAGUCACCAGGCUCCAGCAACGCGCUGCUGCCCUACCUGGACCCCACCAUCCUGCGCCUGUACUCGGCUGGGCCGCACCGCUGCAACAGCCACACCGCCGAGCUGCUGUACGACCUGUCAGCAGUGCUGUACGGCAGCACCCAGCUGCAGGCCUGCCACUACGCGCUGUACCAGUCCCUUCGCUCGGUGUUCGCCUGGGUGCGCGACAACACGCCGCUGGCGCUGGUGCAGCCGCCGGGGCAGCCGGACGCGCGGGUGGCGCUGCCCGACCCCGACCUCACGUCACACCUGGAGCUGGUGCUGGCGGUGGCGGCGGCGCUGGGGGAUCCAGAGCAGCUGGGCGGCGAGACGGCGGAGCUGGUGCAGGGGCAGGGGGCGGAGCUGGUGCAGGGCAGCUGCGGCCUUUCGCGCGAGGCGUUUGCGGGGGUGGUGCCGCAGGUGGCGGCGGCGCUGGCGGCGCUCCACCAGGACCUGCCGCUGCUGCAGGACAUCGCCGCUACGCUGCACGAGCGGCACUGGGACCCGGAGGUGUCGGAGGGCCCCGGCGAUCCGUCCCAGCAGCGCCGCCGCGGCCGCCGCAUGCUGUGGCUGGAGCCGGGCCGCGCGGUCGAGGUCUUUGACGACGCGCUCACGGACCCCGAGUCGCAGCCCGACCUGGAAGCCGCACUGGGCGCGGCGGCGGCGGCGGAGGACUUCGACGUGACCAUCCGGCGGCGCGCGGCGCGGCGCGGCGGCGGCGGCGCCGCCGCCGGCGCACGGCGGCUGCUCGCCACGGGCGCCAGCGGCAGCAUCACCUACACCAUGCCGCCCUCAACCUUCACCAUCGCCGCGCCCGCCACGCUGCCCAAGCUCUUCAUCCCCAUCGUCUUCCACAUCAUGCAGUACAAGGAGACCAACGGCACCACCGGUCCCGUCAACUUUGCGCAGGCGCUGACUUAUGUGAACCGCAUGGUGCGAAUUACGAACUAUAUGGCCAAGCCCAUGAAUGUCCAGUUUUACACGAGCCAGGUGCGCAACGACGCCGCCACCUACCCCUACCUCACGCUUCCCGACCGCAACACGUGGCUCAACCUGCCGGUGUGCACCAGCGGCACGCUCAACUGCCUCAACACCGAGUCCUAUGUCGCGCCGCUGCUGGUGGACUGGCCGCGCUCCAUCAACGUGUUCGUGGCCUCCGACUCGCUGGCCGGCACCAACGUGCCGCUGGGCUACGCCUACGUGCCGGGCUCCGACCUCAAGGCGGUGAACGGGCACGUGUUCAUCACGUGGGACACGCUCAGCACGGACGGCUCCAACAAGUUGUCCAUCUACAACGACGGCCCCAACACGCUGCUGCACGAGCUCUUCCACCACCUGGGCCUGCAGCACCCCUUCGGCCCCACCAACGACGCCGCCAACAGCUGCAGCGAUGACGACUACGUGGUGGACACGCCCACCACACUGGGCUCGGCCAGCAGCAGCAGCUUCAUCGCCACCGCCUCGGCCUAUUGCAUGGAGACCUUCUGGGGCGUGUACGGCGGCGACUGGGACGCCACCUACACGCGCUGGAGCAGCAGCCUGGGCAUUCCCGAGGGCGACAUGAACUCCUGGGCCGACUCCUGCCCCACCCAGGCCGGGUACGACGAGCUGGGCAACUACAUGACCUACAACACGCCCGUGUGUUUUCCCGCCCUGGGGCACUUCACACGAGGACAGGCGGAGAUGGCGCACUACGUGUCCGCCGAGCUCAACCCGGUCAUGUACUCCUGGGGCCAGUACUACGCGGCGGUGUCGCCCUCGCCGCCGCCGGCGGCCUCGCCGCCUCCCGAGGCCUACACCAACAUCUGCAAGGCCACAACCAAGAACUGUGCCUGCAAGGCCACUUGGAGCCUCAACGGCAACAGCUACGCCUACUGCGACCGCACCGGCAGCAGCAACUCGCUCACGUGCGAGGUGGCGGACCCCGCCUCUUGCGCUGACUGUGCCAGCUUCGGCACGGCGCAGUGCAUCCUGCAGUGCACAGGCACGGCGCGCCAGUGUCGCAAGUCGCUUGCACCCGGCACGUUUGCGCCGCCGCCGCCGCCGCCCCGGCCGCCCUCGCCGCCGCCCAUGCCGCCGCCGCCGCCGCCCCGUGCCAUCCCCGCCCUCUGCAUGAAAGCUGCCAACGGCUGCAAGUGCCGCAGCAGCUGGCGCUUCAACGGCCAGUACUGGAGCUACUGCGCCUCGCCCGACGGCGACAAGACCCUGUGGUGCCAGGUGGAGUCCACGUGCGCGGGCUUCAACGUCUCCACCGCCUACCAGUACUGCGACACCUCACUGACCCUGGCCUCCUGCAAGGUGCAAGAGGUGUUCUUCAGCCAGACACGCAACCCGCCGUGGCCGCCCGCGCCGCCCGCGUCGCCCUCGCCGCCGCCAGACCUGCGCCCCCGCCCGCCGCCCAGCCCCGUCAGCCCGCCGCCGCCCUCGCCGCCGCCCACCGCCUCGCCGCCGCCGCCUGUCACUGUGGCCUCCAUCAACGCCUCCGUCACCAUCAACGCCAACUGCACGGUGCUGUCUGUGGCCGGCAACCAGGACGCCCUGCGCUCCAACCUCACAGCCGAGCUGUCACGCAUCCUUGCCGUGCCGGGCGGCUACAUCACCAUCUGGUCGUUCGCCUGCGGCUCCAUCGUCGCCAACUACACAGUCGCCUUCCCGUCCGGCACCACCGCCGCGCAGGUGGACACGGUCAAGAACGCCGCAAGCACCGUGCCCGCCGCCGCCUCCGCCGCCUUCACCAGCGCCUGGGGGACCGUCACCACCUCCUCCUCGGGCAACGUUGUAGUGCUGCAGCCCGCGCAGCUGUGCCCCGCCGGCUCGCCCGCCUCGGCCCUGUGCCCCGCCUCGCCGCCGCCGCCGCCCGGCACGCUGCUUGUGCCCACGCCUUCGCCCUCGCCCGCCAAGAAGAAGAUCGCGCUGCCCAUGGCCGCCAUCAUCGGCAUCGCGGCCGGCGGUGGCGUCCUCCUCCUCGCCAUCCUGAUCAUCAUCAUUGUGUGCGCCUGCCGCUCCGGCCCCAAGCCCGCGCACGCGCCGCCCGCCAAGGGUAAGGUGGUCCCGCAGCCGCAGUACGCGCAGCCGCAGCAGCAACAGCAGGCGUACUACGGCGGCGGCGGGGCGGCACCGCCGCCCGGCAGCAUGCCCGCAGCCAACUUCCGCCCUGCAGGCGGCUACGACGUCGCACAGCAGCAGCAGGGCAACAUUCCCUACUACCGGCAGCAGCAGCAGCCGCAGCCGCAGGCGUACCCGCAGUACCCGGUGUAUCCGACUGGCUACCAGUAGCGUGCUGGCGCGCCAAACGCUCUGGCGCCGCGUGGCUCGUGUUGGUCGCGGUCAGCAGUAGUUUGCUGCGUCGCGGCGGGAGGCUGCGUUGGGCUGGGCUGGGUGCUGCUGCUUGUUGCGUCGCUAUGGAAAUGCUUCACUUUGCAGCAGGUUGUGCAGACAGACGUCAUGCUAGAGCUUACCCAGCGUAGCGGGGCAUGGAUUCAGGGUUGCGCGUACGACGAUGGGCGGGGUGGGGCACAAUGGCUGUGCAUUUUUACGUAUAUAAGAGGCUUGCGCGCGUGCGUGCAGCCGUGUGCGCUGUGGACUACCAGGCAUUGCCGUGGCAUUUUGGUGGGAUUGGUGUGUGGGCUUGAUGCGUGCCUCUCCAGUCCCAACCCAGCAGCAGCGGUUUGCUCACUGCUACACCGCGUCGUGUGAUUGAGGUAGGCCCAAGGAUGCAAGCGAUGGAUGCAUACGGUACGGACUACAUGCAUGCCGUGCACGGCUGCAAAUGCCGAGGCAUAGGUACGGUGAUCAAGACUGCGUGUUUGUUGCUCACUAUUCAUAACCAGGCGUGCGGGCAGACGUCGGUCGAUUGUUGUCCUUGACACAUGAUCCUUUGACCGUUUUGCAACGUGCUCGCGCUAACUUGUUCGGGGGGUAGGGACAGGGCUGGUUUGCGUCGCGCUGCUAGCUUAUGUCGUGUUGUGUUGUGUGUUCCUUCACCAUCAUCUUCAGUUGCAUGGCUUGCUAGAUAAAAUGACAUCACGCGCCGUUCCACAACUAUGUGACUGUGUUAAGAUAUUGGAGGCUUGGAGGCGGGCGGGCAGGAGGCGGCGCCAAUGGGCGAGCGAGCGAGGUGCUGGCUGUCUAGGUGGUCUGGGGCAAUGGGGAUAGAAGGCGCUGUGGGCAUCUCGAAAGCACAUGCAAGUGGCCGUGCCUGAUUGCAUUCGGUAGUAAUAGAUGACAAUUCAUCCCGGCUUGUGAUGCACAUCUGGCAGUGGGUGGAUACAGGGGCCGAAGUCCCCGGGGUUGAGGGCAUGCGGCUGCAUGAGGCGGCGGCGCAACAUCCGGCCGGCGGUGAGCGCCGGUGACUGUCGUAACUCGGUUACUCGAAACGCAAUAUGUAAGGAACUUAUUUACUGCUGUAACUCAGAAUGCAAGCAAUCGGAAGUCCCCAGCGGCCCCAGCGGCCCUGCUGGGAGCUGACCGGGCCCGAUGUCUGUACACUUGUUAAGUCGUCGCCGUCGCCCAUUUCACGGUAGCCUCUUCACGAGUUCACGUGGAGGGCGUGGUGAAGGGGGUUAGAAAGCUCAGGAUCUUACCCCAUGCUCAAAAUGGUAGAACUUUACGAGAGUAUUGCAAGGGUACCGUAUCAGGGUGGUUGGGUGAGGAAAUUCUGAGAGGUCAACGUUUUGAGGCAUGGCUGCUUGGGGUGCUGAUGUGUGCAAAUUCAAGUGAAUUUGGGAUCUUCAAACGCCUCCAUUUACUUGCUGAGGUGCACAGCCAUAAUUGGGUCAGGGCUCCUGACUCAGGGGGGAGGAUGGCCAUGCAACCAUGGUCUGGGUCUUACAGAUGUGUGUAGUGACCAUUGUCAGUUUUUGCGUGUCAGCGCGCGUCCUCUUUUGCAACUUGUCGUCAACGCCACUGCUGUGGUCCGGCUGCACCGCUGUUUCGCUUGAACACAACCAUCACACAACCACCUCAGCCACCAGCCAACCCCAGUUCGGCAAUCUCCUCCGCUCUCGGCAGCACACACGCCGUGUACGGCAGUCAAUGCCUUGAUCGCCUCCGGGCGCGCGCGUGCCUGUUUGGUGGGUCGGUCUAGUUCGCUGGUGGGGCGGGUGGAGGGCGGUGUGCUUGUGGCGAGGUGUUGUGGUGUACUGGUGGUUUGGUCAGUUUCCAGCUCGGUUUCCCUUUGUGGUGCCUAGGCACCGACGUUUCCGGACAUGGGCCUCCGGGCCAAGACAUUGCGCGUCUGUGACGCCGACGAGAAAA